CUUAGCAGAAAGCUUCUUUGCACUGUAGGGUCGAUUGUUGACCAGUGUGCACACGCGUUAAAUUUUUAUCGAUCCGUAAAUUUUCUAUAAUAUAUAAAAAGCUUAGAUUUUUCACACCUCCCGUGCGCGAGUGUUGUUGGACGCGACGCCCAAAAGUUUCGUGCGACAAUGACGAGAACAAAUUCUAAAGUUUACAUCAACUACAAACUGCCUUUAAAAUGACAAGAGAGCACGACUACCGUCUGACCUCGCACAGCAUUCAUAUACGUCGUUCAUUCAUCCUUUCAACACAGACAGGGAGUGGAGGUGUGGGGGUGCGUGUAGGUAUAUAGGCGCGAAAUCGCGAUCAGCAGCUUUUCCCCCAUUCAAGGUGAGAAAAAAUGUGCGAGGAGAGCGUCGAGCUGCACAAUCUCUUUUUCUACGCGAACGCGUGUCACGUCUGCAAGAGCAGCGGCAACGAGACCCAGCUGAAGAAAUGCAGCAACUGCAAGAUGAUCUCGUACUGCAGCAAGGAGCACCAGAAGCAGCACUGGCUCCAGCACAAGAAUCUCUGCCGAGUCCUGGCCGAGCUCAUGGACGAGACGGACAAGUCGAAUCCCCUCGAGGGCCACAAGGACUGCGGCAGCCAGGACUGGGUCAAAGCCAAGAUGAAUCUCAUGCUCGUGGCCAGCAUGAAGCUCAAUCGCAAGCUCCUGCCCUACGAGGAGGAGAUGUUCAAGUUCCCGAAGGCUUGCUACGUGUGCCACGAGACCGACGUCAAGCUCCUCGAGGACUGUCCCUCCUGCCCGUGCGCGAGCUUUUGCCACGAACAUCGAAAGGACCCGCACCACAGCGCCGACUGCGACAAUCUCAGUCUGUGCUACGAGGUCGACAUCGCGUCCACCGUCUUCAUGCGAGAAGUACCCAGGAACAGCGUACCCUACCAUACCGAAAUGGCUUAUCUACCCGCUUCUAUCAAGCACUUCAUUGAUCUCUAUUGUAACGAGGAUAAAUCACUUUGUAUUUCUAGUAACAUAACGAUAGCGCAUACGUCGGAAUAUCUCACUAGACCAUUGACUUUGCUUCAUGCAAUGGAGAAAUUGGAUCACACGGUUGAAUCGAUUCUGACGGUGCAUGUCAUUGGUGCGAAUAUGCUCGAAUACGACGGAGUUGAAAUAUGGGAAACACUUUUGCAUUGGCUACCUUCUUUAACUAUUCUAAAUAUUAUAUUAAUCGGACCAGAAUUAGAUAGCAAUAUUGAAAAAGUUCAAUGUAAUAUUUGUGAUUGUUGCAUUGAAAAGGGCAUGAAGUUAUACCUCGAAACUCAUGGUCUUUUAUACAAGGAAUAUGUUUUCAGUGACCAAUAUUCAAAACCUAAUAUAAUUGUUGGAUAUAACAUAGGCAUUCAUGAAUGUGAAAAUAUUAAUUCACCAGCAGACUUGUGGUCACCAAGUAUUCAAAUCAUUCCAGAGCAAAGAUGCCCAUUCGUUUUAACUUCUUAUACCAUGGAUGAAGCUCUUAAAGAGCACAAUAGAAUGUGUGACAUUUUCAAAAGAAAAAUAACACCUCUGUCAUGCGAAAGAAAUAAAUUUUCCAGUCUAAGGCCUCAUAGAGAUUAUGAAACUGAGGGAGUUUAUUAUCAAAAUCAAUAUGUAAUCAUCUAUAGAGAUUUCAAAUGAUUACUACAUUAUUAAUGAAAUUUAAUGUUAAUCCAAUAAGAAUUCUAUUUUUUCUCUUUGAUGUUUAAGCAUGAAAUGUGUAUGCAUAAUGAUAAAAAGCAAAAUCAAAGUUUCCAUUAAGUGAAUUUAAAAAAAGCUUGUACAUUUAUUAUGAGACAAGUUGAAAUAAUUUCAUUAGAAAGAAUAC